CCCUUGUUUGAGACACUCUUGUACCCUAUUUCUGGUCAUAGUGGAGCUUGCUUGGUGGUCUUUGUGACCCGUGGUUUUUACUCUCGAUUUGAGGGGUUUUCCACGUAAAAAUUCUGGUGCAUCCUGUCUUUAUUAUUUGUGCUUAUUUGCUAUUAGCUUGUUGCUGUUUUUGAUCCUCUUACUCUUGCAAGUGGGGAAUUAGUAUUUGGUGUGGUUGUAUUCUCUUCUUAAUUCCCAUCAGAGUGGUAUCAGAGCCUGGUUCGUGUUCAGUUACUCUAGUGUUGCUGUGCUAUAUUCUUGUUUGAGUGAUGGAGACAAAUACAAGCCGGAUGAUUAGUUUGGAUGGCACAAAUUAUCAUAUAUGGAAAGGAAAAAUGGAAGACCUCUUGUAUGUGAAAGAUAUGGAUUUGCCUGUUUUUUCAAUCGAGAAGCCAGAAUCAAAAUCAGAUGAGGAAUGGAAACGUGAUCACCGACAAGUUUGUGGCUUUAUUAGACAAUAUGUUGGUGAUAAUGUUUAUGGUCUCAUUGCAAAUGAAACACAUGCCAGGUCACUUUGGGAGAAACUAGAGUCCAUGUAUGCAUCCAAAUCUGGUAAUAACAAGUUGUACUUGUUAAAGUCCUUGAUGAACUUGUCUUAUAAAGAAACUACUCCUUUGUUGGAUCACUUGAAUGCAUUUCAUGGUAUUUUAGAUCAGUUAUCUGGUGUUGGUAUAAAGCUUGAGGAUGAAUUAGCUGCUCUUUGGUUGCUAAAUACUUUACCUGAGUCUUGGGAGAUAUUUAGGGUCUCAAUUAUCAAUUCUGCCCCGGAUGGUAUUGUAUCCAUGCAAACUGUUAAACCAGCUAUGCUUAAUGAGGAGAUGAGAAGGAAGAUGCAAGGUUCUUCGUCUCAAUCAGAGGUGUUAGUUACAGAACAUAGGGGGAGGAAUGCUAACCGAGAUCAAAGAGGCGGAGGGAAAUCCAUAAGCAAGUCCAAGUCCAGAUAUAAGAAUGUUGAGUGUCAUUAUUGUCACAAUAUAGGACACAUCAAGAAAAAUUGCUUCAAGUGGAAAAGAGAUAACAAGGCUAAAGGCAAGAAUGAGAAAGAGGAUGAAGGUGGUGACCGUGUUUCUAUUGCCGAUCUUGUUGAUGAUUUGAUCUUUGUCACCAAUGCAAAUGUGGUUAAUGUAGUGUCAGAUGACCAGAGCUAGGUUAUUGAUAGUGGUGCUACGUUGCAUGUGACUCCAAGGAAGGAAUUCUUCACAUCCUUAAAGUCUGGCAGUUUUGGCAAAUUGAAAAUGGGCAAUGAUGCAGUUGCAGAGGUUGUUGGUAUUGGAGAUGUCUGCUUAGAGACUCAGAUGGGUACUAAGUUGCUCCUAAAAGAUGUUAGGUAUGCUCCCGAUGUCCGC